AUGGCGGUAAACUCUACUGACCUGCAAACACUCUUCGAAAAGGUUAUCGUAAAAGCCAAAGCGUGGAGAGCACCGGGACCCGAUGGUAUCCAUAUGUAUUGGUGGAAAAACUUGAGAGAAGCCCGAGAAAGAGUAAAGAAUAUAGCGUGCAACGGGAUCAAAACUGGGAACUUGCCAUUCCAAUGGUUAGCGAAAGGACGGACAAUAUUACUGUAUAAGAAAGGAGACAAGAAAAAUCCAUCCAAUUAUAGAUCAAUUACGUGCUUGAAUACUGUGUAUAAGUUACUAACAGGGAUGAUAAACGAAAUAUGUAAAUCAAGAUGUCAACAACUGGGGCUCAUCCCUGAAGAACAAAGAGCUAUGAGGACCGGUGAAACUGCAUGCCUACAUGCAAUAUUGAAAGAUCAAUACAUGACCGGUCGAGCACGGUAUUCUAGAAGAUCUUUAGCACUAUGUUGGAUGGAUUUCCAAAAAGCAUUUGACUCCGUUGCACAUACCUACCUCAAAUGGUUACUGGAAACAACAGGCAUGCCACUAGAAGUAAAACAAUUCUUAGGUAAAGCUAUGAAACACUGGUCAACAGUGUUCCAGGUGGAGAAUAUAGUAACGAACCGGAUAAAGAUAAAGAAUGGAAUAUUCUAA